AUGUCAGCAAAGCCGUCACUUGUUAUUGGUGAUGGGCUUGAACCAGUCUCGCAAGAGAGUGAAUAUGUGCACGAAGUUUAUAAUGAGAUAGCACAGCAUUUUUCGCAAACCAGGUACAAACCGUGGCCCAUCGUGGAGAAGUUUUUGAAAUCUCAAGCCUCGUUCUCUGUAGGUUUGGAUGUAGGCUGCGGCAAUGGAAAGUACUUGAAUGUCAAUAAAGAGUUGUUGAUUAUUGGAACGGAUCGCUCAGAGGGUCUUAUCAAAUGUGCACAGGAAUUAUCAUUAAAUGAAUACAAUGUGGGAAUCGCAGACGGCCUUUUCUUACCCCAUCCUCAAAAUCGAUUUGACUUUGCAAUUUCUAUUGCAGUUAUCCAUCAUUUUGCUACAGAGAGCCGACGAAUCGAGGCAAUACUGGAAAUCCUCUCCAAAUUGAAAAAAGGUGGUCAGUGUCUCAUAUAUUGUUGGGCUUUGGAGCAAGAAAACUCACGCCGUGGGUACAAGGAAGGAGACUCGCAAGACAUUUUGAUUCCAUGGGUGUUGAAGAAACCUACACCGAAGCAACGACGGGGUAAAGAUAAAGGUAAGGAAGUAUUCUCGGAACCCGCAGCAGAUUGUAUUAAAAAGAAUUCUCUGGUUCUGAGGGAGACGGAGCCAAAAACUGACAACAAGAUCAAUAUGGAGACUGAGAAUAACACCGAGACGAGCACUGAAACCGAUACAACCAAAUAUCGAUAUUACCACUUAUAUAAGGAGGGCGAAUUGCGCAGUAACAGCUUGGCUACCGAUAUGUGCAGAAUAGUGGAGGAUGGAUACGAAAAAGAUAACUGGUGGGUUAUUUUAGAAAGGAUAUAG